AUGUCUUCCCAUAUCUCAGGCCCCAGUGCGGGAGGUAGCCCUCCUCAGGCGGUAAACAAGAUCACCAAGAUCGCCCAGGAUUAUCAGUACAACCCGGCCGUGCCACUAAAAUACUGGCUCCGGACUGCAGCUACACUGAUGCGAGAGGCCCAAAUCUACGAGCGCGAAGGGCACGACGAGCAAGCCUAUCUUCUCCUUUUUCGACAUGCCCAGCUGGUCCUGGUAAACCUGUCAAAACAUCCAGAUGCCGCCAAAGAUGAUAAAGAUCGUAAAGCUCUGGUGGCUGCUGAGAAGGAAGUGCAGAAAAACCUGGCCAAGCUGGAAGUACUCAAGCCCAGGAUCAAUAAACGUUACGAGCGUUACAUGCAGUUGAUGCGCGAGCGCGACUCCCGAAAGCUGUCUUUAGAGUUCAACAUGGGUGCGGGCCAAGGAGAGCGACCUAUGGAUCCCGCAUUGAGCGGUGUCGCAAAACCCUUAGAAGCUGGAGAGAAUCAAGACCUCGCUGUUCGUCUGGCGCAAUCAGAACUCAAUCGCCGAGCUACCGUCCGCAGAACCGAAGACGACAAUCGCCGAGCGGCAGGCGUAUGGGGUGAUUGGGAAAGCGCAUUCAAAACGGACAAGCGGUCCACUGAUAAAGACUUGAGUCAACGUAUUCAGGAUAUCAGAUCCAAUAUCGAUCAUACGCAGCCUAUCAGCCAGGCACAGCGUGCGCAGAGACCUGUUCUGCGCGAAACUCCCUCCGCCACGACGGCAUACAAUUAUCCUACCGUACCUCGUCAGCAGCCUUUAGGACCACCCGUCUCCUCCGGCCAAAUUGCCAUCCGUGACAAGAAUGCGGAAAGGCAACCACCCCCGAUUCUGCCACCGAAGGAACAUGCUGAACCACACAGGGCAUCUUUUAUCGAUGGAGCGCCUUCAGUGGAACCUCCGCCGCUUCCAUCAAAGUUGUCAGUUGCUCCGGCACUUCCUGAGAAGGUGCAAUCCUUUGAUGGUGGUGCUUCCACACCAUCAAGCCUUGACCCGGCAAGUUACACCUUCAAGCCCUCAGCGUAUCUGGAAAACGGCAGCCCACUGCGCUCCGUAUUUCUCCCCUCUAGCCUUCGGGAUCGAUUUUUGUCUCUCGCGGCUCCAAGUACCCGCCGGAACUUGGAAACCUGUGGGAUCCUUUGUGGGACAUUGGUUUCCAAUGCGCUUUUCAUCUCCAGACUUGUGAUUCCAGAACAAAUAUCGACGUCGGAUACCUGCGAGACCACUAACGAAUCUGCAAUUUUCGAGUACUGCGAUUCUGAAGACCUAAUCAUGCUGGGCUGGAUUCAUACCCACCCCUCUCAGACAUGCUUCAUGAGCUCACGCGACUUGCACACCCAUUCUGGGUAUCAAGUGAUGCUUCCGGAAAGUAUUGCCAUUGUCUGUGCGCCCAGCAAGAAUCCAGACUGGGGGGUGUUCCGGCUCACCGAUCCGCCAGGGCUGAAGACCGUUCUCAAUUGCACUCAGAAGGGACUGUUCCAUCCACACGCUCAAGAGAACAUAUACACAGGUGCGUUGCGACCCGGCCAUGUCGUCGAAGUCAACGGUCUAGAGUAUGAGACUGUGGAUCUACGCCCAAAAGAUGCGCGUGAUUGA